AUGCAGAGAUAUCAUCGAGCAGAUCAAGAGAAACUGAAGAAGAAACAAUCUCCACCGGCAUUGAUUAGAAUCGAGUUGCCUCGAAAACAGUCGAAUGUGAGUCCAGUGGUGAGGCUAACGCCACCCAUAAAGGGAGGAAGAGAUAAAUCGUCGAGUUCAAGGAGUCAUAGAAAAGCUAUUUUGCCGGCAAUAUCACCAAAGGCAGCAGCUUAA